ACAGGUGAAUUCAGCUUGCUUCUUUUAAGUAUAGUUUGAAACUGGAAGCAAUCUCCCUUUGACCAGAAUAUGAAAGCAGGAAGCCAGCCAACAUAGUGGAAUGGUUGAAAAUGUCAAACCUGUUAUCUCUCUUCAUAUAAACAAAGCAUCUUUCACAUUCUUGCCUUAACUAUUUUCAACCCUCUUAAACUUUUCUGGUUUAUAAUACUCCCACCACCGAGAAAGUGUGUUCUCACAUGGCGGAAAGGAGUAUGUAUAUUUGAAGACCCUCAUCUCUCUCUCACACACAACAUAAAAUCCAGUCCCGGAGGUGAAGACAGAGAGAAAAAAUGGGGGAGCUUGAGGAAGUUAUGGAUUCAGGAGAGAAGAGGCUCAAUGAAUUGGGCUACAAGCAAGAGCUCAGGAGAGAGAUGACUCUGUUUAAAACUCUUGCUAUAUCGUUUUCAACUAUGACCCUUUUCACAGGGAUCACUCCUCUUUAUGGGUCAAGUCUUCUAUAUGCUGGACCUGCCAGUCUUGUUUGGGGAUGGGUUGUGGUUACCUUCUUCACCUGGUUUGUUGGUAUUGCCAUGGCUGAGAUUUGCUCCUCUUUCCCCACUACAGGCUCUCUUUACUUUUGGGCUGCACACUUGGCAGGGCCUAAGUGGGGUCCGUUUGCAUCGUGGUGCUGCGCAUGGCUUGAGACGAUUGGACUCAUAGCAGGCAUAGGAACACAGGCUUAUGCAGGUUCCCAAACUCUUCAAAGCAUCAUUCUAUUAUGCACGGGUACUAACAAGAACGGCGGUUACUUCGCUCCAAAAUGGCUAUUCUUGUGCAUGUACAUAGGCCUAACCGUCAUAUGGGCAAUCCUCAACACGUUUGCUUUAGAAGUCAUCGCUAUUAUUGACAUAAUCUCAAUCUGGUGGCAGUUAGUGGGUGGGGUCAUAAUCGUCAUUAUGCUUCCGUUGGUGGCACCCACCAGACAGUCCGCUUCUUUUGUGUUCACUUCCUUCGAACUUGGUGACGAAACAACUGGAGUAUCGAGUGUGGUUUAUGCUGUUGUUUUAGCGUUCCUUGUGAGUCAAUAUUCUCUUUAUGGUUAUGAUGCUGCAGCCCACUUAACGGAGGAGACUAAAGGGGCUGAUAAAAACGGACCCAUUGCUAUCCUCUCUAGCAUAGGGAUUAUCUCGUUUUUUGGAUGGGCUUAUAUAUUGGCUCUUACCUUCAGCAUUCAGGACCCGAAAUAUUUAUUCGAUACGUCUAAUGAGACGGCGGGCGCGUUUGUGCCGGCCCAGAUUCUGUACGAUGCGUUUCAUGGGAGAUAUGGAAGUGGCACUGGAGCGAUUGUUUUGCUGUUCAUUAUAUGGGGUUCUUUCUUCUUUGGUGGGCUUUCCAUCACAACCAGUGCAGCUAGAGUGGUCUACGCCUUGUCAAGAGACAAGGGAGUUCCAUUUUCUUCAAUCUGGAGAAAAAUCCACCCAAAAUACAAAGUACCAUCAAACGCUGUCUGGCUUUGUGCAGCUAUAUGCAUUAUCCUUGGGCUGCCAAUAUUGAAAGUUAACGUGGUAUUCACUGCAAUAACCUCAAUAUGCACUAUUGGUUGGGUUGGGGGAUACGCAGUCCCUAUAUUUGCUCGACUUGUAAUGAAAGAAGAGAAUUUCAAGCCGGGGCCAUUUUACUUGGGAAAGGCUAGAAGACCCGUUUGCUUGAUUGCAUUCGUCUGGAUUUGCUAUACAUGUUCAGUCUUCCUUCUGCCAACUUUGUAUCCAAUCAAUUGGAAUACAUUCAACUAUGCUCCGGUUGCAUUGGGUGUGGGUUUAGGUUUGAUCAUGCUUUGGUGGCUAGUUGAUGCCAGAAAUUGGUUUAAAGGACCUGUUAGAAACAUAGAUAGUAAUAAUAAUAACACCCAUAAUGACAAAUUCUGAUCAUUUUAUGUUCUAGAUUAUCUAUGUAAUAUUUUGUUCUAUACAAUCUUUGUUUUUUAUGUUCUAGGUUGGCCUACAAAAGUUAGGAUGUUGUGGUUUUGAUCGGGUCAGGUUGACCCACUUCAAUUAUGGUUGUAUUUAUACCAGAUAUGCCGACCCAUUAAAAUUUGACACACCAUAUUUAUGAAUGAGCUGAUUGACCCGCUAAA